AUGUCGUCUACUUGGUGGUUGCUGCUUCUAGGAGCAGCGUUAUUCCAUUUGGUUAUGGCUGAAGAACAACCUUUUCUUGAGGAGGACGAAGAUGCGACCGAGGACAGCAUGGACCUCAGCAAUGUACUGAAGAGAACCCAGGGGGCUGUAAUUCGCAGUCUUCUUCAUCGAAUUGAGGAGGAGCAGAGUGAGAAAGACACAGAUUCCCCAGGGCUGGAAUGGAUCUCCAAGAGGCAACAUCCAGGUAAAAGGCUUCUUGAAGAAGUGGAAAAGAGACAACACCCAGGCAAAAGAGAAGAAGGCGACUGGUAUUUGGAGUUGCCCAAAAGGCAGCAUCCAGGCAGAAGAUCGGCAUUUGGUGAUCAGUUUCUCGAUAGCUCUAGUCCUCCGUCUUUGGGUCUCCUCAGUGAUGUCUCAAAGAGGCAACACCCAGGCAAGAGGAACCUGGCCUAUACCAAGCGCCAGCACCCUGGUAAAAGAAGCUGGGAUGAUGAUGAAAAUGGUGAGAUAGGUGACCUUCAGGAUGUAGAGAAACGCCAACAUCCGGGUAAGAGGUAUACAGAUUCGGAGAACUUUGACUAUGUGCCCCCAUGUGAGGGACCUGAACCUUUCAACUGUGGCAAGGGAAGUCUUCUGCUGGAGCUUCUAGAUAAUGUGAACAGGGGAAGGAUGGAGGAGAAGAGACAACACCCCGGGAGGAGGUCAACUUGGGAGGCGGAAGUCCCUGUUGUCCAAGAGUAA